AUGUCGACGACGCCGACGACGCCGCCGCUGGGCGACGCGUGCGCGAUCGACGACGCGUUCGAUGGAUUGCGCGAUGUCAUCGCGUCCACGUCGGUCGCGGCGCGCGAGGCGAUCGAGCGAUGCGUCGAGCUCGGCGCGCGGGGCGACGCGGGCGUCUCGGCGCGAGCGAGCGAGCGGCGGAACGCGCGGUGUUACCCGGGAAGAUUGGAUUUCGGUCGGGUGUGGGUGGACGACGACGGGCGAUCGACGACGAGAAGGUCACGGACGGUGUUCGUGACGAACGUCUCGAGGGUGCCGUCGGAGGACGCGAUCGUGCUGGGGGCGUGGUGCGAGCCGAAAGCGGCGGAGUUUCGCUUGGCGGACGCGCCGGGUCCUGAAACUGGAUACGUCGUGACGCUUCCGGGUGGAAACGGGCGAACGACGCAAGAACCGCAUCCGUUGAGGUUGGAGUUCGACGCGCGGGCUCGGAAGGAGCGCGGGAGCGCGUUCGUGGGGACGUUCGUCUUGGUCGCCGUCGCUUCGAGGGAAAAGGUCAACGCGAUUUUAGCGCGAAAGACAUCCGUGCGAGAGGCGAUCGAGGAGAUUGCAAAGCUCGUUGAAGUGCACGCGUCGCAGGCGCACGCGUUCGUUUCGAGAGGGAAUACGAUUGACACCGUGUUAGACGUCGAUGCGGUGCCAUUUUAUCCAGCGGCUCUCCGGAACCUGUUCAACUCGAGCGAGCAGAUGUUUCCGAUGCAUCAAGCGUGGCGUGUGCGAAACGUCGACCCAAGAGGGGACGAAUUCGUCGUGCGCGUGCGCAAGGCGCAACGAUUCACGGAUUCGGAGACCGGUCAUGACUUCGUCGUUGAUGAGUUGAGCCGAUGGUCGGGACUCUUAAAGCGCGAGCGCCGAGCACAACAAAAGCACAUUGAAGAGCUGGACAUGUUUCACGCCGAACUGACGCUCGCUCCACCAAACGACGUGGCACUAGCGAAAUCACCCGACUCGAAAACGAGUUUGCGGGAUUCGCUGUAUUAUCUCGAAGUCCCCGGAUUGGCGGAGCAGAGGCCGUUGGUGCUCGCGGGAGAUCGCGUGUUCACUCGGGUCGCUCAAAACAUCGCAAUCGAAAUCCCGCUGACGGUGCAGCAUGUGGACACGCGUCGCUCACGAUUGUAUUUCGUCGCGCCUGGUCUUGCGUAUCUCCGUAAUCGUGGCAUCAUACGCGUGCACGUGCGAUUCACACUUAAUCUGGUUGUGUUCAAGAUGUUUCACAGCGCGAUCGAGCGCGUGCUUCUUCACGAUCACAAUCUUCACCGCUUCCUUCCGAGCUCAAUCACGAGAAAGUGCCAAGCACACUUACAGACGCCAGUGAGACAAACUUCCGGAGCUACGACUCCCCUGAACGACCAUGAUGAAAGUGACGUGUCCGAUGUCCUCAAUGAAGAACAGGCACGUGUCGUGCGGGACAUUCUCCGCGGCGCUGGAAGGUCUGCUCCUUACAUCGUGUGGGGACCUCCAGGCACUGGGAAAACUCUCACGAUAGUCGAAUGUGUCGCGCACGUUCUGGAAAAAGAUUCGAGCGCUCGAAUAUUGCUCGCAGCGCCCGCGGCGUUCGCCGCCGACAUUCUUUGUUCCCGCCUCGCGGAACGCAUCAACUUCAAGGACGCUCUGAGUGAGCUCGUGCGUGUGAACGAUGAACGACGUACACCCGAAUCAGUCAAGGCGGAUGUUCGUAUGUUUUGUCUGGACUACGCCCACACGUCUACUGCGAAGUCGGGCGCCGCGCCUUUCAACUUCUUUCGAGUCCCGAGUGAAAAUGAUUUGGCGCAGGCGCGAGUGGUUAUAUGCACGUGCACGAGCGCGGACCUUCUAACGAAUCGCUUUCGACCGACGCACAUUUUCGUCGACGAAGCGGCGCAAGCGCUUGUUCCAGAGACGUUCAUACCUCUCUCGCUCGCCGGAAAGGAAACUAGCGUGAUUCUUGCCGGUGACAGCAAACAACUGGGCCCGGUCGUACAUGAUAAAGUCGCCGCAAGAGACGGCUUGAAUAAGUCGCUUCUGGAAAUGUGGAUGGAUCAGUCAGGCGUUUCUCAUGGAACGCAGCUGCGGGCGUGUUAUCGCUCGCACGCCGACAUUGUGCAGUUGCCGUCGCGCUUGUUCUACGACGGUUCGGUAGUCUCACGCGCGUCGGAAGAGAACAUCGCGUUACCCGAUAAGUGGGACGAGUUCGCACAUGGCGCCGGUAACGGCCGAGCCGCACGAUUCCUCUUCUACGGCGUCAAGGGUCGGCAGCGAAGAGAAGGCAAUACGACGUCGUGGACAAACCCCGUCGAGGCGGCUGAGCUCGUCGAUUUGUUGGUCAGUUUGCUCAAAACUACCACGCUCACAACUGCGGACGUCGCCGUGAUGGCGACGUAUCGCCGACAGGUGAUGCUCAUUCGCAUGGCCCUGCGCGAGCGCGGGCUCGGCGCCAUUCGCGUCGGAACGGUUGACGAUUACCAAGGACAGGAGGAAAAAAUCGUCUUCAUCUCAACUGUGGUCACAAGACCGACCACGCUGAACGCACUGGAUCCCGAAGUGGGAUUCCUGAAUAACCCAAAGAGAUUCAACGUUGCCAUAUCGCGCGCGAUGGCGCUGAACGUCAUCGUCGGGCAUCCGUUGGUUCUCCUGACCAACCCAUUAUGGAGCGAGCUCCUUCGAGACUGUGUUCGCCGCGACGCCUUCAGAGGCGCCGGAGCCGAGUAUUUGCCUCGUUGGGCCGGUGGUGGCGGCAAUGAUGACGCGGGCGAUCUCCCCGGUCACGACGACGACGGCGACAUCGCCUCUGCAGUCGCUUCCAUAGCCUCUCUUGCUCUACUCGGCUCUGGCGCCGCGGAAUCCAUGGAAUCCGCCGACGACCACGCGUGGGACGAUUUUGGCGACCAACCGAGCUGGCGCGUCGCCAUCUGA